AUGUCGAGUCCACUGUCUUCUGCAUCUGCAGCAUCGAGGGCAAUACGACGUGAUCCUGAUCUCGAGCCAGAUGAACAAUGGAAGGAGAAUCUUAAGGCUGAAAUUGAGCGCAACCUGACCUCUAUGGUCAAAGAUGCCGAGACCCAGUUGAAAGAAAAUUUGGAAAAGAACCCAGACGAUAGCGAACGUUUGCGCAGAGAAUUCUCGGUUGCUAUGGAUAAUAUACGGAAGCUGGCCACAGAGGCGUUUAAGGAGGAACUGGAACGGGAAAGGCAUCAGCGUCGCUGGGCUACAGGCCAUGAGCUUCCCCCAGAUCUCGCGGAGACUAUGAAGAAGGAACAA